GGCCACGUAACCCCACCCAUAAAUCUCUCUGAGCGGGUGCUUAUGUGCUUGUUCUGUUUGUGUUUGCGCAGUGAAGCGAGAAGGGCACAGAAAACAGUGCGGGGUUGCUAUGAUUUUUGUUUAGUUCGAUAUGUAGCUUUGUAGUAGUCAACCAACCCAACAGCCAGUCUCGACUCGAUUAACAGGGGUAAAUUCAACAUAACGCUCGAGUCAAAGCAAACUCAAAGCCGGAGCCUACCGGGUUAUUUACGGGAUGAAAUAAGUCACCUCGCCACCAUCGGGAGGUGGGAGUGUUGGGGUCGCCGUCCGUGUAUCGCGAACGGGGUUGCGAGACUGACGGGCGGUCAGCCUGGUCCAACUUUGCCGAACGAACAAAGCCGCCAAAUUCACUGACUGGGUCCCCGGGAGCAAGCAGCAGGGAGAUCAGUCAACAUGGUCAAGUCUUUCUUCCCGCUGAAGAAACUGAGACGGAGUGGGAAACAUAUGCUGUUCUUAGUUCUACUGAUGUUGGGAGCUUUCGCUGUCUACCACGAGUUUGUUGCUACUAAGGCGUGGAGGAGCACCAAGAGCCGUUUCAGUCUUGCUAGUGAGGAUAGCCUCGGGAGAAUUCCUACCCAAGAGAGAUUGUUUGGAGGUGAUGCGAGUGAGGAUUCAGAACCCUGGCGUUCCAGCUACACCCCACAGCCCUGGAGGCCAGAGUAUAAGGGACAGGCUAAUCUCCAUACCUUUGAGGACUGGUGUGGCAGCUCUACAGCUCAGCUUCGCAUGAACCUGCAUUACCCUCUUUACCCACAUUCCAGAACCACAGUAAAGAAGUUGGCUGUUUCUCCCAGGUGGAUGAACUACGGCCUCAGGAUUUUUGGCUAUCUCCACCCCUAUACCGACGGUGAGUUUGUGUUUGCGGUGAGCUCUGAUGAUAACUCUGAGUUCUGGCUGAGCCGGGAUAACUCUCCACUCAACCUGCAGCUACUGGCCUGGAUUGGCAAGACUGGCAUGGAGUGGACUGCUCCUGGUGAGUUUGGGAAGUAUGCCAGUCAGACAUCCAGACCGGUUUGGCUGUCAGUUCAAAGGAGGUACUUCUUUGAGAUAGUCCAUAAACAGAACGACAGAGGAACGGACCACAUAGAGGUGGCGUGGCAGCUGAACCAGGAGGGUCUAAGGUUUACAGUCAUCAGCUCCAAGUACAUAUCCCUCUACAGCAAUGAGUCUGCUCUGAGGAUGAGUGACAUCACUCAUGUACCCCAAACGGCUGCUAGUCACACCCGCUCGCCUAGCAACCAGCCCGACAACCAGCUGAGCAACCAGCCAGCAGCCGACAUGCUGAGAGUCGACCCACGCGACACCCUAUACCAGAUCCCUGCCUUAGACAGUAGGUUCCUACAAGGCGUGCUACCUGACUGCUCCUAUAAACCCAGCUACAUCAUCAAAGGUUUCCCUCUGCUGCGAUACCAAGGCCUGCAAUUUGUCCACAUGUCCUACAUCUAUCCCAACGACUACACGCGGCUCACACACAUGGAGACAGACAACACCUGCUUCUACCACGACAGUCCCCUAUACCUGGACAGGUAUGGGUUUUCCAGGUACAUGAGGCUGGAUGAGCCAGAGGGGCAGGAGGGAGAGGGCCGGGCCAGAGGUAGAGUUGAUGGCAUCUUGAGGAGGAGAAAGGCGGUCCCAGAGGAGAGGUUAGAUGGCGAGGCUCCUCCAAAUGUGGGAGGGGCUAGUAAGAAAUACCCCGCCCCUCCUGACUAUGGAGACGACUAUGACGAUUACGCUCAGAGACGACGACGUAAACUCUUCUCCCUGCCACAGGCCGACAGGGCACCUACACACACAAACAUGUCUGAUACUCUCACGUAUAAGAAGAAGAGGAGGAAGAGGAGAGAAACAAAUGCAGCAGCUGUAGUCCAGACCAGAGCAACAGAACAGGAUGGGUUGGGGAUCCCCCCUGGUCCUGGGUCACAUACAUCACUACAGACUACACCAGCAGAACAGCUGAGACUAGCAGAAAGACCAGCAGACAGAACAGCAGAACAGCUCAGACCUGUGAAGUCCAGAGCAGGGGAACAGAAACCAGGAGGGACGCCAGCAGACAACGAAGAUAUGGGGCCAGUAGCCCGAAAACAAACCAGACCAAGAGAGAGACCAGCAGAACAGAACUCAGCCCGGUUAAAGAUUUUACCUGCACCACAAAAACUAGACCAGAACCUGCCAGUAGAGGGAGACGGACCAGAAGUUCGGCUUCCCCAGCUGCAAGGGAGGCACCGGCGUGUUCAACAGCCUGGGCCGAGGGGUUGGGGUAACACAACACCCAAUCCCUUGAAGCACCUCCCACCUCCCACUGUCUCUAAUUGGUCCUUCAGGGUCGGUCGACGGCGGAGACUUGUUAACCGUACACUAGAGCUGUGGUCAGCGGUUACCAAACAGUCGACCACACGACUGCCUGAGGUUAAACCACCGCUAAUUAAGUCGGACCACAAAGCAACUGUGACUAGGAAGAGAGUCCAGGUCCUAGAGACAGAUAUCAUCCUCCGAGCACAACCACAGAUAAAGUCACGACCGCAACCUGACUAUGACAACACACUCCACGGGGAUCUGCCCCCUGGUGUGGUCAGAGGGAUGGACCGUCUGGUUGAAGGGGUUGACAGAGGGGGAGGUGGUGAGAGAGAGGGGGAGGAGGUGGGUGUGAGUGAGUCUUUAUGGGGUCUUGAGGGAGACUCUGAAGAGGUGGAGGGCUUGUCUUAUGACUCCACCCCUCGACCAGUGUUUGACCCUGAGGUGAACUGGGCCCAGACAUUCCAGGUGACCCCUUUAGACCUCCAAGCGAUGCGCUCUGAUUGGAUAGACCUCCGCUGUAACGUGUCUGGUAACCUGCUGCUCCGCCCUAGAGACGCUCUGCCUGUCGUCAAGGCCUUCAUGGACAAACUCAACCACAGACACCAUGGGCGUUUCAGCCUGGUCCGUGUGCUGAACGUUGAGAGGAGAGUGGAUGGAGCUCAGGGCAGCAGGUACUUCCUGGAGCUGGAGCUGAGGGAUGUGAAUGGCCAACACCUUCGCCUGUCACACUACAUCUAUACUCUGAUUCGCCACAGACUAUCUCGCCCCCGGGGACUCCCGCCGCUUCGCCCUGCCCCUGAGAUGUUGCUUUGCAACCCUGUUGGUUUUCACUGGAACCCAACUGCCACUGUCCACUUCAUCGUACCAGUAAAGAACCAGGCCCGCUGGGUGCAGCAGCUGAUAGUUGACAUGGAGGGUCUGUACCAGACCACUGGAGACCCCAACUUCAACCUCAUCAUCACCGACUACAACAGCACUGACAUGGACAUAGAGGCAGCACUAAAGGCAUCCACCCUGCACAGGUACCAAUACUUGAAACUGAGUGGGAACUUUGAGCGUUCCGCUGGUCUACAGGCCGGCAUCGACCUCAUCACUAAUGAGCACAGUAUAGUGUUUCUGUGUGACCUCCACAUCCACUUCCCCCCCUCCAUCAUCGACUCAGUCAGGAAACACUGUGUGGAGGGACACAUGGCCUUCGCUCCUAUCGUCAUGAGACUGGACUGUGGGGCUACACCCAGGGAGCCCAGAGGUUACUGGGAGGUGAAUGGGUUUGGUCUGUUGGGGAUCUAUAAGUCUGACUUGGAUGCUGCAGGAGGCAUGAACACACAUGACUUCACUGACCGCUGGGGAGGAGAGGACUGGGAGCUGCUGGACAGGAUUCUGCAGUCGGGCCUGGAGGUAGAGCGUAUCUACAUGAGGAACUUCCUACAUCACUACCACUCUAAACGUGGCAUGUGGAACAGACGCACCCAACGCAGCGGCACGUAACCCACAACAACACAGCCAAAACAUUCAGCGACGCAGCCGUACCCACGACGACUCAUCCGUGGGUGCAAGGAAACUGCCACACUUUAACGUCCCCAUUCCUCGUAUCAGCCAUUUACAGCUGUCGACCGGUUAACGAGAGGGCAGGACAGAGGGGAUUCCUGACACCAUUGUGUGAUAUCUCCUGUCACUCAAAAGGUUUGAGGGUGUGGUGAUGAUGGAACACAACAUAGUACUGAUUGCCCUGGAAAAAGACACUACUGAAAACUAGAGCAGAGGUACUCAAAUCUGAACAUGUAGGUCCGCAGUACUGCUGGUUGACCAGAGAGUCACUCACCUAGUGUCCCAGGUCUGAAUCACAGGUUGAUGUUUAUUGUCAUGAUUCUUGCCCUGGAGGCAGAACUGAGCUGUUUCUGCAAGAUGGGCCAGCUGCCAAGUCAAAAUUGUCUAUCUUAAAAAUGCACGAUUUUUGGUCUUAAUUUAAGGUUUGGGUUAGCAGUGUGGUUGGGGUUGCAAAACAUAUUUUAUGACCACUGCUAAGCUGUUCCAGGGAAAGACUAAUGAUAAUAAAUAACAACCUGCGUCUGAAUCAGUCCCCAGUCCCCAAUCAGACCUCAACAACUGGAUUUGAGAAAAGGUGGACAAAACACUACUGGGUACUCUAUUUAAACAUGAUACUACUGGUUUACUCUAUUUUAGCAACACACUACUGAGGAUCCUGUUCUAAGGAGAUACUGUUGUAGUAAAAAUGUAAACCUUUUCCACACAGUGUGGAUAUUUUCCUUUGGCUAGACAAUGACAGAUGUCUUUGGUAGCGUGAAGAGACUAAUAAGAAAACUGGGAGCAGUGAUGACCUGCUCUGGUCACUGGUACUGAUGAACUAGUCUGGACAAUCCUGGGCUGCCGAACCAAAGACAGACGAUACACACAAUUUUAAACGUCAUGGAUCAUACAGCAUUUGUAUGUAAUCAGGGUCCAGCUUAUUUAUUGACAAUGACAAAAUGCAACAAUGUUACUGUAUCACUGUGAUUUGUAUUUUUUUUGGUUUAAAACAUUGUUUUAUUCAUAGAAUUAAUUAAGAUGUGAAAAGGGGGAUCACUUCUGAUUCAGGGAAGUUUACUGUACUGGAUGGGGAUAUUUCCUUUAAUAUGCAAUGUGCAUUAUGAAGCCUGCUGUAUUCAUAAGUGCCUGCUCCAUAGCUCUGCUACUGUAGAGCUCUACUACAUAUUACUGACUCUUGGAUGUCACAUUGUGCCUAUUGCAUGUAUCCUUCGGGAGCGCUGUCUAUGUAAUUUUCUAUGAAUUAUACUUAAGAGUAUCCCGCACCAAACCCCUUGUGCAAGUUAACACUUUUUUAAAUGUUACUCCGUGCCUUCUCUACAGCUCCGUCGAAGCUGGGGGUUCAGUUGACACAAAACGAAACUUUUGAAAUGGGGAAAUACUACCUGAACUUGUCAGUUAAAACCCCCAUGUAGUCUUUUACAUUAGAUUUAUAAAUCAUCACUGUAUGUCUAAUAAAUCACUGUUUAUUUCAUGAAAAUAACUCCAAAUAUAUUUUUAUAAUUUAU